UCCAUACUGAAAAACAAGAAAAAAUUGCUCUAAGUCCUCACAAUGAUAAAAGAUACUUAUUACCUCAUAGUACAGAUACUUUGCCCUGGGGUCAUUACAGAAUUAUGGAAGAACAGAUGGCGCAAGCUGCAAUGCAUGUAGAGGGGGAAGCGGAGGAGAGGGGAUACAAUGCAGCUAAUGGCAAUGAAGCAGAAGAAAAAAGGGAGGGAGAAAGUGGGAGGGGGGAUGAAGGUGAACAAAUCAGGAUUGAAUACGAUGUGCCUGAGGAGUUUAUGCACGAAUGGAAUCCAUCAUUAGAUAAGAUAAGAUUAGAAUCAGAAGAGAGAAGGGAUCUCUUACUAGAGGCAAUGGAAAGGGCAGGAAUUGUGGUGGGAAAUGGGCUAUAUGAACGCACGGACAACAACGAGGAGCACAUUCGAGAAAUCGAAGCGAACAACGAACUUUCUACAAAGAGACCAAGGCUCACCUAACUUCAUAAUAAAAUGGAUCUAUCUGCACUCAACAAGAUUGCUGAGCGAGAGUUCUUGCCAAAGAAAAGAGCAACAGACAUGGAAAAGGAUCAUCAGUAUAUGGUGAUAGCACUGAAAGAGGUCAAGACAAGGUUCGGUACGAAGAUUGUUGCUGAACUUGAUGACAGCUUUCAAGUUUUCUUGCCAGAGAAGAUUUCAUCGGCUAUUCUGAAAGAUGAAGCGUUUUUCAAUUCACUCUGCAAUAGUGCAAAUAAACUUUGUUUAUUUUUAAAAUAUCUGGGUGGAUCUUCUUUUAAGUUCGAUUCUAGUACUCAAUAAGAAUGAAUAAAUCACAAAUUGAUUUUACAAAGAUAUAUUUUUUAUU